CAUUGAUUGGCUGGAGAGAUACCGUAUUAGACAUCUCGUCUAUUUGGCCCAUCAUCUCUUGGUUGACCAGAUCAACCAUAACUUUGGUCAGAUUUGCUUCACCAUGGCUUCAAGGUUCGGCCAUUCGACGCUGCAUCAGCGGGAUCCGCGCAGCGCGCUCUUCGAAGGAUACAGCGGUGCCAACUCGCCGAGGCGACAGGCCAGCGCGAGUCCUAGUCCCGCGGCGCUGGGCGGCUACGGGUAUAACAGUGGUGCCGGUGCCAGUGCGCAACAUCUCGGCGUGGAGAAUAGGGGAUUCAGACCCGCGACGCCGAACUCGAGGGGACAAUAUAGCGACGCGGUGCUCAGCGAACUCGAGAGCCAGAAUGACCAACAGGUCGAAGGGAUAUUAGGAAAGGUCAAGAUUUUAAAGGAGAUGACGGUGGCUAUCGGCGACGAAAUCCGUGACUCCACGGCGCUGGCAGAGAAGAUGAACGACACGUUCGACUCCACCCGGGUGCGGCUGCGCGGCACCAUGAACCGCAUGUUACUCAUGGCUGAGCGGACGGGCGUCGGCUGGAAGGUGUGGCUCGGCUUCUUCGCCGCCGUCAUCUUCAUCUUCUGCUACGUCUGGUUGUUCUAAAAUACACACAUCGUCUCACCUCCCACAAGCACGGAUUCAUCAUAAUCCACUAUUUGCAUACGAUCAGCUACCCGGGGUGAUUACCGCGUCGAGACAGAUUCAUCUUUCAGGAAAAAGAAAGAUGAAUACAUGAAUGGAUGGAUGGAUGGAAUGAGAGGAUUCUUGUCAUAGAUUCCAAAGAUGGCCAAGAAGGCGUAGAUGCAUAGCACACCGGGCGUUCAGGAAUGAUUCUUGCAUUUUAAUCCAUUUUGCUCAUUUUAUCUGCGAGCGAAGCAAACAAUGCACCCGGUUAACGCACAACACCCUCAACUUGGUUUGAGGAGGCAUAGCUCUGAGAGUUAAAGCACAUGUUCAUAUAAGGAAUACGCGGGCGUUGUAUCAAGGGUGUUUUCACUCCCGUACGCAUACGGAACGACUUUUGUAAUUAAUGUAUCAUAAUUCAUGCAUUCAUGUCAUUAUACUACAGG